AUGGGGCAGCAGUUCACCAACGCUGAAGGGGAGCAAGGGGAGAUUGAUGUGGCAGAGCUGCAGGAAUGGUACAAGAAGUUUGUGGUGGAAUGUCCCAGUGGGACCCUCUUCAUGCACGAGUUCAAGAGGUUCUUCGGCGUCCAGGACAACCAGGAGGCAGCAGAGUAUGUGGAGAACAUGUUCAGGGCUUUUGACAAGAAUGGGGACAACACCAUUGAUUUCCUGGAGUACGUGGCUGCCUUGAACCUGGUGUUGAGGGGGAAGCUGGAGCACAAGCUGAGGUGGACGUUCAAAGUGUACGACAAGGAUGGCAACGGCUGCAUAGACAAACCUGAGCUGCUGGAAAUCGUCGAGUCCAUCUACAGGCUGAAGAAGGUGUGCUGGUCGGACGUGGAGGACAGGACCCCGCUGCUGACCCCGGAGGAGGUGGUGGACAGGAUAUUCCAGCUGGUGGAUGAGAACGGGGAUGGGCAGCUGUCCCUGGACGAGUUCAUUGACGGCGCCAGGAAGGACAAGUGGGUGAUGAAGAUGCUGCAGAUGGACGUGAACCCCGGCGGCUGGAUCACCGAGCAGAGGAGGAAGAGCGCUUUGUUCUGA